AUUAAUUUUUAAAGGUAACAUGAAGUCAUGAUUCUUUUAUUUGAAUAUUUUAUAUGCCACCGGUUUUAUCACCGGUUUCAUACCGGUUAAUCACUGGUCAUCCGAUAAACCUUAAACCUCUUGUUAAUCCGGAUCGUUGUUCGGUCUAGUUUCGACAACAAUGCUCUCAACUCAUGGCAAACGACAGUUCUCUGGGCGAUAGGUUUUGGUAGACAAUGAAUGAAGUUGUCAAUGGAGCAGGCGGACGAUAGAGUAGCCGUCGGCGAACACGACUUGGCGCAUGGCGGACAAACCUUAAUCCCAUUGUUGGGUCACGACUCACGACUAUAGGUUUAAAAAUGUUCAACUGAUUCGACUAAAGGCCCAAAUGAAGCCAUGAAGGAAGGCAAAGCUCGGCCCAGUUAAGAGCAACUUGUCUCACAAAGCCUCGUUGGGGUUGUUCCCAAUGCAAUCUUCGGAGUAGUACCCGGGUUAGGAACAUUCUUGAUGUCGACCUCGAGUCUAGCACUCACCAGUCACCACAGACCCCGAGACCAGCAUAUAUUGCUCGUAGAGACGCCCUAGUCUCUAAUUGGUCGAAAUAAAAUGAACGCCUGACACGACAUUAAUUACGCUCAACCACCAAAGAGUAAGUAUAAAUAGAGACUCAACUCUCAUUAAUGGUGAAUUCAAAUACCCUCUAUUUCACAAAACAAAAUUCCAACAUCUCUCUAACUUUAACUUCGAAGAGAGUUCUCUAGAGAUGGCAAUUUGAACUCACGGGUAUUACCUGACUUGACCCACGAUGGAGCGGGUAUUAUCCAAUCCGCAGUAGCGUGGAACGGGACAUGCGUAUCUACUUUCGACCCACCAUGCCCCGUUCUUGACUCAUUCUAUCAAUGGUAUCUAUUCAUAUUUCUCUUAUUUUGGCUUUUUUAACUAGUUAGACUUGAUCUUUCAGUUAGUUAGACUCAAUUACUCGUUAUAUUGUCACUAUAUCUCAUUCAUAAAGUGUAUUCCUUCAUUUUAUCGUAAAAAUGUAAAAUUUUGCGUGAUUAUUUUCAAAUAGCAUGUAAGAGUGGGUCGACCUGCCCCGCCCCGUACCCGCGCAUGUAUUACCCUCCCUGACCCAUAGUAGCGUGGGAGGGGGGCAUGGGUAUCGAAGUACCUGCCCCGCCUCGCCUCAUUGCCAUCACUAGCGUCCUGGACGUACCCGCCCGAGGACCACUUGUGCGUGGUCUGAGAAGUCCAGACACCUCAUUAAUGUGUGGCCAUACCCUCGGCGUUGAAGCUCCAAGUAAUUUGUGGACAAAACAAUUUGACACCCACCGUGAGCCCACAAUUGUGUCACAGUAAUCUACUCCCAUGGGAGAAACUUCUCGAGCCCCAUUAAAGAAUAUGAUCGACGACAGAGCAACGCAUAGAGGAACAGUCGACAACAUGUCAUCCCUAGUAGAUGAUGAAGUAGAGCUAGAAGAUUAAGUAAAAAAUAACGGGUAUGAGAUAUCCCAGUGUGCAAGAAAGCCUAGAGUAGAUCUUAACUUGACUUAGGAAGACAGACAGCCCGCCUAGAGCACAAACGGAGGAAAUCCCUGAUACUAGCUCAAAUCCAAAAGACAAAGAAAAGGCCCCUAUCAGCGUAGAGGAUAUCGACGACUCAGAAGAAGGGAAAAAAAGGAAAACACGACGCAGAGCCCGACCUUCGAUACCUAGAGAUGCACUUGGGGAUCUCGUACUGUCACAAUAAGAACCCCAGUGUAUUGCACAACCCUCUUAACAAAAUUCUCUUCAAAAUCCCAAUGUCGCAUAACUUCUCCUAUCUGGAACUAUCGACAUAUGAUGGCACCACUGACUCGUCAGAUCAUCUUAGCUCUUUCGUCCUCAAGAUGCAACUAAUAAAUGCCUCAGACGCAGACAGGUGUAGGGCAUUUCCUGUCACGUUCGGAGGACAAUGUCAUACUUGGUACACCUCGCUCACGAAAGGUGUCAUUAAUACGUUUGAACAGUUUGCCAUCCUAUUCGCCUCCAAGUACACCUCUCAUAAGCGUAGAAAACUCGCCGUGUUGGCAUUGAUAAACUCUCAACAAGGUAAAAGCAAAGCGUUAUUUGAGUUCUUUGAUAGAUGGAACUCCAUAGCAAGCUAGAUACAAUGCAUCUCCCCGGCAGUGGCCUCUAGAAACAUAAGAAUGUAAAAAACGGUAAGGAGUUGAACUAUUCACUGGCAAAGAAGGAACAUAUAUUACGAUCUUGGAUUGACCUCGACAAGCUGGCGAGGCGAGCUAUCCUGCUGGAAGAGACGAUGGUUCCAGAAGAGCGCCCAAGGGAGGAAACACGAAGUGAUGAGAAAAGACGCAAAGAGAAGCAAGACGCGAACAUAAUGUCCCCCUAGGAAGAAACGAUCUACGGAACCGCGAGGAAGGAGACGUGACUACUAAGAUCAUGCACCAUUGAAAGCGGUAUACAUGCACUAGUAGAUAUCAAAGGGAAGACCGACGCUUCAGGAGAGAAGGAAAAUACCGCCCGAGGGAGCGAGCUGACAAGCCGCAUAAGCGAAACUGGUGAGAGUUUCAUCAGUCUACUACGCAUGAGUGACAUGACACGAAUGAAUGCAGGGAGUACAU